GUUUGCAAUUUUCGACCCAUGGACAAUCAGUUUAUUCCUCUGUUAGGUAGUAAACUUUCCGGCCUAUACGAUAAGCCCAUUCGUCCUGUAGAUAGAAUAUCAUCUCAUUAUCUGUGAGAUCAACACAACGAAGCCUUCCCGCUACAGUCCACUCCCAUUGCAGUCUAUCCUCAAAAGCCCGGCAUCAACUUUCAGGGUCAGCAACAUGUCUCCGAAUAGCGACAAGUCGACCAUUACUACCACUUACAAAGUCUCCAAAGACUUGGGCUUCGAUAGCUUUAAGCAUUUUCUGGAGUCGUAUAGGCUAAGGAUCUGGGAGAUGGAUGAUGUGGAGGAAGACAAGGCGAUCAUGAGGGCUAUAGGUUAUAACGUGUCUUGAACUGUUGAGUACCCUGUACUCCUGGCUGGAUUUAGCAUUUGCGAAACAAGAAUCGAGGCUGGAGAAAAGGAAGCAGACUGUUUACGGAGAUGCAAG